AUGGCGCCCCCUGCGCUCUGGUGGUGGACAGCCACUCCGACUUCAGCUGUUCAGAGCUCUGCCGGCGGCCACCCCGACUCUGCCCUCCCUCGCACUCUGCACACGCAGCCCAUCAGCAAAUCUGCACUCAGUAACAAAGAAUGGAGUGAAGAAAGGAGCGGAGGGACUGGGAGCCCCGCUGGAGAGCGGCCUGUGGCUCUGACCCGCGGUCACUCUUGUUCUAGGAAGAUGAGCCCUUCGGCAUGCCGGCCCGAGGAGACGCAGUGCCUCCGUGUGGUGACCGAAGCCGUCCUGUCCAUGUCCUUCAUCGUGGGCGUGCUGGGCAACGGGCUGGUGCUGUGGAUGACCGCCUUCCGCAUGGCGCGCACCGUCACCACCGUCUGGUUCUUCAACCUGGCCCUGGCGGAUUUCACCGUCUCCCUGUCCCUGCCCAUCUCCAUCCACGUGGUGAAGACUGGCGAGUGGCCCCUGGGGACCUGGGGCUGCAAACUCUACAUGGCCUUCCUGGCCCUCAACUUCCUAACCAGCAUCUGCCUCCUGGUCCUCAUCUCCGUGGACCGCUGCGUCUCCGUCCUCUGCCCCGUGUGGGCCCGAAACCACCGCACGGUGCAGCGGGCCACCUGGCUGGCGGCGGGCGUGUGGCUCCUGUCCGCGGCCAUCUGCUCUCCUCCGUACCUGAUGUACCGGGCCGCCGAGGAAAGGGGCGGGUGCGUGCAUUGCUUCUUCAAGUUUGAAGAGAACGACGCUGCGCUCAAUCAGAGUGCCAGGGCUCCGCUGCGACACGCGGCCCUGGCCGUCACCCACUUCGUGCUGGGCUUCCUGACGCCGCUGGCCAUCAUCGGCGCGUGCGCGCACCUCAUCAGGGCCAAGCUGCGGCAGGAGGGCUGGGUCCACGCCGGCCGGCCUAAGCGGCUGCUGCUGGUGCUGGUGAGCGCCUUCUUCAUCUUCUGGUUCCCCUUCAACGUCCUGCUCCUGGUCCAGAUGAUUCUAGAAAAAUUCAGCGACCCCAACAUGCUGCUCUUCCUCUGGACCGCCUUCUCCUUGGGCUGCCUCAACAGCUGCCUCAACCCCUUCCUCUACGUCUUCAUCGGCAGGGAUUUCCAGGAGAAGUUUUUCCAGACCUUGCCUUCUGCCCUGGCCAGGGCCUUUGGCGAGGAGGGGCAGUCAUCCUGGCCCCGAGGAGAAGCCCCCAGGGGAAGACGGACGCCUUCAGGCCGAAGCCGGGCGUCUGCCUUCUUAGCUCGUGCCCCUUGCUGCACUGGCUGCCAGGGCCCUGCCAGCCCUGCUUUCCGCGGCGUCCCCGCAACCCUCCCUGAAGCUGUGGUGGAGACACGCCACUAUUCCUCUCCGUCCUUCCCCCCUACAAAACGCACCAGGCCUCCGUCGGGAGGGUCCUGCCCUGGCCGCCAGUCACUGGUCCCUUCCCACACCAUCAUCGGCCACAUCAGCAUCCUCUGA